GCGAGCGAGCCUCCCGCUCCCAUCGCCUAGCCCUGCCACCGCGCCCCGCAGCUCAAAACGUGGCCUGCGCCACUGUACACUUGUACCCUCCCCCUCGCACUCGUCCAGUCGCCUUGCAUCACCCCACCCUGCUGAGCGCUGAUCGCCUCCUCGCCUUCUUUUCUUUCUUUCUUUUUUCUUUAAAAAAGAUUUUUUUCUUAGUCGUGCACAUGCUAAUUAAUUACUGCUACAGUACUCGUGUAUUUAUUUCACUCGCAUCCCCCUCCCUCACUCUCGCCGUCUCGCUCUCAGUCUCGGCUCGCCGGCUUCUUUUCCUUCUUAUCCCCUCGCCUCUCCGCACCUCCCUAGCUGUAGCUUUCCCCACCCCACCUCGUCCGUGUCCGUGUCCUUCCCCCGGGGGCAAGCAGGACGGCCGGGGCAGGCGCGACCGGUGAUCUCGGUGGGCUCCUGGUGGGGGCGUGGUUUGCUGCGCGCGAGAGCGGCGGUGGAGCUGGGCCGGUGGCAGCAGGGAGCCGGAGAGGGGAUGCAGGCGGUGGUGGACAUCAAGUACAUGCCGCGGCUGUUCCUGAACGGCGCCGGCGCUGGGGCCGCGGGCAAGAAGAUGAGGCCCGCGGCGGCGGCGGCGGCGUGGGGCGCCGGCGAGGCGGGGGUGUACCGGGAGUGCCUCAAGAACCACGCGGCGAGCCUGGGCGGGCACGCCCUCGACGGGUGCGGCGAGUUCAUGCCGGCGCCGGGGGCCGACCCCGCCGAUCCGGGCUCGCUGCGGUGCGCCGCGUGCGGCUGCCACCGCAACUUCCACCGCAGGGUCCCCGAGGCGCCGCCCUCGCCGCCCCUCCUCGCGCUGCCCCCGCCCCCGCCACCGCAGCAGCCGGCGCCGGCACCGCACGUCGUGCGUGAUGGCCGCGCGCCGCGGGGCGAGGAGGCGCCCGAGGACCGCCUGCCGACCGCCUUCGACGAGGAGACCGAGUCGUCGGACGAGGGGUCGGAUUUCGACGAGGACCGCCCGCUGUCGCCGCUGCCGGCGCCGGCGGUGGGGCCGCCGGGCUACCUCCAGCCACCGCCGCACAUGCACCUCGCGCUGGGCACCGGCGCGCAGGGCGCCUCGACCCCCGCGGCUGCGCCGAGGCCACCUGCCCCCCCGGGCCCGGUGCCGUCGCCCGGCGCCGCGGCAGCGGCGCGGAAGCGGUUCCGCACCAAGUUCAGCCCGGAGCAGAAGCAGCGGAUGCAGGCGCUGUCGGAGCGGCUGGGGUGGCGGCUGCAGAAGCGCGACGAGGCGGUGGUCGACGAGAGCUGCCGCGAGAUCGGCGUCACCAAGGGCGUCUUCAAGGUCUGGAUGCACAACAACAAGCACAACUUCGUCGCCGGCCACAGCGCGCGCCGCAGCGCCUCCGCCUCCGCUGCCGGCUCCCCGUCGCCCCACGCCGCUGCUGCCCACCCUUCCGCCCCCCACGCCGCACCACCCGUCGCCCCGGCGCCUCCUCCGCCGCCGCCCGCGCCUGUCCACGCCGACUUCAACAUCAACGGCACCGCCGCCGCCACCGACUACUUCCGCGUCGUCCAGCCGGGGCCAUCGACGGCGAGCGGCGCCGACUCCCCGCUGUCCGCUUAGUCAUCAAGACUUUGUGGCUCUCUUCGUAGCCUUGUGUCCAAUUAACCAACCAACCCUAAUGGUGGAAUGGAAUGCAUGGCGCUAGUGAAGCUCGCUGGUCUUUGUUAAUGGUGGAGCCCAAGAAAGAUCUGGGAAACAUGGGUUUUCGGGAUCUGACGAUGUAAUGAUGAUUCAGGAUUAGCGCUGAUGGGUACAGCACUAGCAGGUGGUAGACUCGUACUAAUAGCCGUAGCAAUUGUUCUUGUUCUUGAGCUGUGUUCUCCAAUGGGUGGUACGUAGUAUAACAAAAUGCAAGCUCCCUUCUUCCUCCUGAUGGCAUGCUUGUUCCAAAUUGUUUUGCGGUGUUCUUGGCAAGUUCCAA